UAUGGAUGCAACUCCGUUUGCAAAUUCAGCCAUGAAAACUUCUGGAGAUACUGGAUCAGAAUCUAAAUCACUUGUUGAUGAAUUUGGUGAAAUGUUGAAGUCUUGUGGCUUUAAUUAUCAUGGUGUGGAGGUAUUAUACAGUGGGGUUUAUGGAACCGAACUGACUUGUGAAAUUUUUAUUGGACCUGUCUAUUAUCAGCGGCUCCGACACAUGGUUUCAGACAAAUUUCGGGUUCGUUCCACUGGAACAAUCGACCAAAUCACCCGGCAGCCAAUCAAAGGAAGAAAGUGGGGUGGAGGUAUCCGUUUUGGAGAAAUGGAACGGGAUUCCAUGCUUGCACAUGGGGCUGCAUAUUUGUUGCAUGAUAGGCUUCAUACUUGUUCUGAUUAUCAUGUUGCUGAUGUGUGCUCUAUUUGUGGAAGUAUGCUUACAACCUCAUUUAUUCAGCCACAGAGGCGGGCAGUACGAGAGAUCGGUGGGCUACCCCCUGCAAGAGCUCCCAAGAAAGUAACUUGUCAUGCUUGCCAGACAAGCAAAGGAAUGGAGACCGUCGCCAUGCGUUACGUUUUCAGAUACUUGGCUGCCGAGCUCGCUGCUAUGAACAUAAAAAUGACUCUUCAACUAAGUAACAGAGCAGAGGUAUAAUAUUUCAUUAGUGUGAUCGCAGAUUUAUUAACUUGUUCAUUCCAAAAUCAUUAUUCCAAGGGGGUGAUAGCAGCAACACCAUAUCACAAUGAUCUAUGGCAGAUUUCUGAGAACCGGAGAGCCCGAUGAGAUGCUGUGAUUUUAUUUUGUAUGAUUAUUCAUACCUGAAAUACGUAGGCUGUUGGAUUUGUAAGGUCUUAUAUCUUUUUCUGAGCUGUGCUUGAUGCAGGUUUUGUAGUCGAUUGAGUUCUAACUGCAAUUUCUAAUUCUUCUAAUUAAUUAAUUGAUUGUUUGAUA